AGCACCGUUAGAUCAUCUUACUUCAGCAUGAAACCACAGAACAAAUAUCCCCCUUUUGUGUCCUUAAAUCUCUGCUGGACAUCCUUCCACAAGUGUGACAAGGAAUUACUCUAUUCACAAAGUAUAGUGGGCUGUGCAAAAUGGUUAGCCACCUAGAUUCCAGAAGGAAGGAAGAAGAAGUGCCUACAGGAAGAUAGUAGGAUCUGCUAUUGGAUCCAAUGGCAAGUGUUAUUGAAAUGCACAUCUCUGCUGAUUUAGAAAAGGUCUUUGCCUGAUUUAUAAAGCAGGGUCAGGAAACAUUGUGCUGUGUCUUUAAGAACAGGCUAACCCUAUGGGAGGUGCACUUGUCACUCAGGUAUCACUAGCCAAUCAGGCCCUCCAGGUAACUUGCCAGUCAGAAGUGGUGGCAGGGCCUUUCCUGGUUCCGGCUUGGCAGUGAAGUGAAAGUGGAGCCAGUCGCUUGUGCUGUUCAACUAAAAAUCCUCCAGGAAACUGCAUGGAGCGCUUGGGAAAGCAAGGAAACCGCGACGUGAAUGCAGUGACCUUUGAUGAUGUGCAUAUUGAUUUCACUUGGGAAGAAUGGACUUUGCUGCAUCCUUUCCAGAAGAAUCUCUACGAAGAUGUUAUGUUGGAGACCUACAGGAACCUCACUACUAUAGGAUACAGUUGGGAAGACCAUAAUAUUGAAAAGCAUUCUCCAUGGUCUAGAAGAUAUGAAAGGCAUGAAAAAAGUCAAACUGGAGGGAAAUCUUAUGUAUACCCUCAAAGUAUUAAAGCCAUUGCAUAUGACAGUCAUCUUCAAAGGCAGAAAAGAACACAUACUGAAGAGAAAUCCUAUGAAUGUGAUCAGUGUGGUAAAACCUUUGCACGUCACAGUCAUCUCCAAAUGCAUAAAAGAACACAUACUGGAGAAAAACCUUAUGAAUGUACUCAGUGUGGUAAAGCCUUUGCAUGUAUCAGUACUCUUCAUAGACAUAUAAGAACCCAUACUGGAGAGAAGCCCUAUGAAUGUAAUCAGUGUGGUAAAACCUUUUCCCGUAAUAGUAAUCUUGAAAUACAUAAAAGAAUACAUACUGGAGAGAAACCCUUUGAAUGUACUCAGUGUGGUAAAGUCUUUGUAUGUUACAAUAGUCUCCGAAUACAUGAAAGAAUGCAUACUGGAGAGAAACCCUAUGAAUGUAAUCAGUGUGGUAAAACCUUUGCAAGGCACAGUCAUCUUCAAAUGCAUAAAAGAACACAUACUGGAGAAAAACCCUAUGAAUGUACUCAGUGUGGUAAAACCUUUGCAUAUAUCAGUACUUUUCAUACCCAUAUAAGAACCCAUACUGGAGAGAAACCCUACGAAUGCAAUCAGUGUGGUAAAGCGUUUGCCAGUCACCGAAAUCUUGAAAUACAUAAAAGAAUACAUACUGGAGAGAAACCCUAUGAAUGUAAUCAGUGUGGUAAAGCCUUUGUAUGUUACAAUAGUCUCCAAAUACAUGAAAGAACACAUACUGGAGAGAAACCAUAUGAAUGUGAUCAGUGUGGUAAAGCCUUUGCAUGUCAUAGUCAUCUUCAAAUUCAUAAAAGAACACAUACUGGAGAAAAACCGUAUGAAUGUACUCAGUGUGGCAGAGCCUUUUCAGGUAUCAGUACUCUCCAUAGACAUAUAAGAACACAUACUGGAGAGAAACCCUAUGAAUGUAAUCAGUGUGGUAAAGCCUUUGCCCGUCACAGUAAUCUUGAAAUACAUAAAAGAACCCAUACUGGAGAGAAACCCUACGAAUGUAAUCAGUGUUGUAAAGCCUUUGUAUAUUACGGUAGUCUCCGAAUACAUCAAAGAAUGCAUACUGGAGAGAAACCCUAUGAAUGUAAUCAGUGUGGUAAAGCCUUUACAUGUAACAGUCAUCUUCAAAUGCAUAAAAGAACACAUACUGGAGAAAAACCUUAUGAAUGUACUCAAUGUGGUAAAUGCUUUGCAAGUCAGAGUCAUCUUCACAUUCAUGAAAUAACACAUACUGGAGAGAAACCCUAUAAAUGUACUCAGUGUGAUAAAGCCUUUACAUAUCGCAGUGUUCUUCAAAGGCAUAAAAAAACACAUACUGGAGAGAAAUCCUAUCAAUGUAUUCAGUGUUAUAAAGUCUUUGCAUGUAUCAGUACUCUACAAAGGCAUAUAAGAACACACACUUGAUAGAAACCCUAUGAAUGUAAUCAGUGUGGCAAAGCCUUUACCAGUCAGGAUUAUCUUCUCACUCAUAAAAGAACACAAACUGUAGAAAAACCCUAUGAAUGCACUCAGUGUAGUAAAUCCUUUGUAUAUAAGAAUAAUCUCUGAAUACAUGAAAGAACCACACUGGA